UUGAAACAAGCUGGGGUAAACUGAACAAGAGACCUAGUAGUGAGGACACAGUGGCACAGAAGAGAGAAAGAAGGAACCACAGCAAAAGCCUUUUUGGGAUCAGUAAACAUUUUUUUAUCGGUUUGUGCUCGGACUUUAACAAACAACCAGGUGAAGACUCUACAUCCUUACAGCUUCCCUCAAAUUCAUAAGCAGGUCCAGAGGAGAUACCUCUACAUCUGUGAAUGUGUGCAUACUGCACAUCACAGAUGCCAUGGCUUUUAGUACUCAUGUCUGGUUGUGUGUUAGUAUCUGUCUGGUCAUAUGUAUCCUUCCAUCCUUGGGGGUCCCCCCUCAGCACCGUGGCUGGCUGCGUCUCUGGGAAGAGGGUGAGGGCUGUGGGGAGUGUGAUCUACAGCGCUGUCCUCUGGCGCUGCAUGACUGCCCAGCUGGGCGAGUUCGGGACAGCUGCGGCUGCUGUGAGCAGUGUGGCAACGUGGAGGGCCAGCAGUGUGACCCUGGUGGGGCUCAGGAGUUCUAUGGGCGCUGCGGAGAGGGGCUGGUGUGCCAGAGGAAAACAAAGAGAGGGCGGAGGGGCCAGGCCAGGGAGAACCCUGAGCCUAAGUGUGUGUGUCAGGCUCAGGGGCCAGUGUGUGGCUCUGAUGGACACACCUACCCCAACCUGUGCCAGCUGAAAGAAGCUGCCAGCAGAGGAAAUGCCACCGUGAGACUCACUGGACAUGGACCAUGCUACUCUGCUCCCCGCAUAUCCAGGGCGCCCAGGGACCUCUCCAACUACACAGGAAACGACAUAGUGUUUGGCUGUGAGGUCACUGCAUACCCCCUCCCCAACCUGAGCUGGAGAAAGAAGGGGAGUGACAACUUCCUGCCAGGGGACGAUCCCCAUAUAUCUGUCCAGGCUAGAGGUGGCCCCCAGCUGCAGAUACAGGGUCUCCACACUUCUGACGCAGGGGUCUACUCCUGCAUUUCCCACAAUGCAUUGGGGGAGUCGUCUGCCUCCGCCCGUCUCACCGUGCUCAGACAGAUGGUGAGAGUGAUGAGAGGGCGACAGGAGAAGGAGGAAGAGUAUUUCUAUGACGACACAGAGGAAGGUAGUGAUGAUGGGCAGUCUGGAGACUAUCUAGGGUGACCUGCUGUGUCUGACAUCCAAGGUGGUUCAUUGGACUUUAACUCACAGAAAAUGAAUUAACUG